UGGUUGAUGCGAAAAUGGGAGAAAUACUAGUCACGUGCGAAAGAAUCAAAUGGACCAUGAAGAAAGGUGAAAAGGCUUUAUCUCCACAAUACCGUGAAUCCAGCAUGUUGUUAUUCUAUAAAAUUGCAAAAAUUGAGUUCGAACCACUCGGAGUCGUUGCUGCUCUAGUUUCAUGGAACUAUCCCUUUCACAAUAUAAUUGGGCCAAUAAUAUCUGCUUUAUUUGCAGGAAAUGGAAUUAUAGUUAAAUCUUCUGAGCAAGUAGCUUGGUCAUUGCAGUACUACAGUGAAAUCGUUAAGACUUGUUUAAUAUCAUGCGGUCAUGAUCCGGAUAUAGUGCAGUUUCUAUGUGGAUUUGCAGAUUGUGGUGAAGCUCUCGUUAAAAGCGGUGUUGAUGGGAUAACUCUUAUUGGUUCUCCACAAGUAGGUAGACAGGUCAUGUCAUCAUCAUCUACUACAUUAACACCCUGCACAUUAGAACUAGGAGGAAAGGAUUGUGCUAUCCUUCGCCAAGAUGUAAAUUUAAGGCAAAUAAUUCCAAUUAUAUUACGUGGCGUAUUUCAGAACGCUGGACAGAACUGCAUCGGACUUGAAAGAAUUCUUGUUCAUGAAAGUAUUUAUGAUAAAUUUGUGAAAAUAAUUGAACUAAGAGUUAGGGAACUUAGAGUUGGAUGCGCUUUGAAUGAUGAAGAGGGUGUUGAUGUUGGUGCACUGACCACGAGCGAUCAGAUUGACCGGUUCUCCGCCCUGAUAAAAUCUGCAGUUUCGCAAGGAGCCAAGCUACUCUAUGGAGGUCAUCCGUUCGUUCAUCCCCUUUAUCCAACCGCUCAUUAUUAUACACCCACACUUCUCAUAGACGUAACUCCCGAUAUGCCAAUAUCUCAAACUGAACACUUUGGGCCAAUAAUGGUAGUAAUGAAAUUCCGAACAGAUGAUGAAGCGAUUGAAAUUGCCAAUUCUAGCGGUUAUGGAUUGGGAAAUAGCGUGUUUACCAAAGACCAGCGAAAAGGUGAAUGGAUGGCAAGACGACUAAGAAGUGGAAUGGUUAACAUAAAUGAUUUUGGAGCUAGCUAUAUUUGUAAUUUACCAUUUGGUGGUGUUGAAGGUCUUCGUCAGCAAUGUUUAAUGAAAUCUAUUACUCUAGAUCGAUUUCCAUGGUUAAUACAGACUUCUAUUCCUAAAAUGUUGGAUUAUCCUAUACAUUUUUGUGGAUCCAUGUUUGCUUCUAAUUUGGUUAAAGCUGUUUAUGAAAAUAGAUUAUUGGACAAAGUUAAAGGCGUUAUUAAAUUGAUAGUUAAGGAGAGAAUUGAUUAUGAAGAAGUAGAUAACGCAGAUUAG